CCUCAAUUCCUUCACAAAAUUGAAGUAUAUAAUUAACAAUAUAUCUUGUGUGCACAACAACAUUAAAUUAAUGUGUACUAUGGGUGUAACCUCAUUUACAUUAGAAAUUACGGUUAUAUCUUGCGAAAAUGUUCACGUAAAAGAAGAUGCAUACGUUGUUGUUCGAGGCGAGUCUCUUAAUUGUUACACAACAAAAAUGGUGAAAAAUAAAGAUUGUGAAAACAACUCAAGUUUUCUUUCAUGGAAUGAGAAGUUUUUGUUGGACAUGCCAUUGCAUGCAAGGUCAAUCAAGUUUGAAGUGCAAUGCAAGAAGUUCAAAGGUUUUCGUCCUAUUGGGGUGGCAAGAAUUGAGGUUUCGGAUAUUCUAGGAGAGGUUGUGCCGGAAAAUGGUUUGAAGGUUUUGAGUUAUAGGUUGAGGGAUUGGGAAGGGAGACAAAAUGGGAUUAUUCAUUUUAGUGUGAGUUCAGUCGUGCCAGAGAAAUUCCCGAUUAUUGCAACCGAAAAAGAAAUGGUGGUUGGUGCGAAGAAUUCCGAUGAUCAGAUCAUCGGAAUGGAUGUUGGAGCCAAGUAGUCUAAAGGCAAAUUCUUUAAGAAAGUAUUGAUUUGUAAUAGCGUCUUCUUUAAAGAUUUGUUUAUUUUUUAGUUUUAUUUAAUUAAAGAAGUCGUGUUUUGAAAAAAUAAA